GAUGGACGAAGAGUUUAUAACAGAAGUAACUACAUAUAACUCGUUGGGUGCUUUAUGUCUGAUAUGGCUAGAACUAAUCAAGACACCCCAGGAUCUGCCAGGACCAAGUCAUUAACUAAAGAAGCAAAUGGCUCUACCCCACGUAGGAUCAGAACCCCAGAUUCCAACAGUCUGGGGUAUCUAAGACAGAGGCUAGAAAGAAAGAGUGUAACUAGAAAUCACAUCCAAAAAUUGGGAGAAGAUGAUAGUUUCCAAACCAAGACCAGUCCUACACUAGAAAGAUUGAGAAUGACACCUGGCAGAGUGUUUAAAGAUCGUCAGACCCUAAUUAUGAAGCAUGCUGAAGCAAAGGAUAAGGUGGACAGUCUGAGUGUAGGAGGUGGUGUAGCUAUGUGGCCAGAGAUGGAAAGAAUGAGACUCUCCCGUCAGGACACUGUACAGAUUAUCCUUGUUGCAAUCACUCUAUUGAGUAUUGUGACAGUCAUAUUCAAUUAUCUGCAUGGUGCUGUGAUAUCAAAGUUAUUAUUUUUUUAUGGAAAGCUGAAGACACAUCACUACUCCCACCCAGUUGUCAUGACCACAAAGGAACAUUUCAAUGCAAGCCUCAUCAGCUGGCAUCAGGACUUUACUCAUUUAUUGAAUGAGAUCCACCAAAGUUUUGACGUUAGCAGUGUGCCCCUAACCUACCCAGUUUAUAUUUGCUGCUACGCUGCAGGGCUUGGCACUCUGGUCUAUUAUCUCUAUGAUAGUAUGUUUGCCAAAAAUAAACUCUCGCCCAAGCGGAUAAAGAAAUGGGUCUGGCUGUUGACUGUGAUAGGGACAUGGACAUUAGCCCUGGCUUGCCUGCUUGUAAGUGCCUACCUGGUGGAGACUACCAUUCAGGUCAACAUCCAUCUCCUAAGUGAAGCACUAGGAGAAGCCCUAAAUACUAACCUUGACCUUACAACACUCGGGCAUAUGUUAGACUACUGGAAGGUGCGAUGUCUGCCUCCGACAACAGCAGGGAUGUUGACCAUCUUGGGAAUUGUACCAGUCAAGGAUGUUAUGUAUUAUCUGCAGUACUACAGUUUACCAAUCAUCACUGUUCUCUUUACACCUGUGUUUAAGUUGAUAAUGUCUCUGUACACCAUAUACAACAUAAAGACACACUGA